AUGCAGUACAGAGAGAUUGGACGUGGCACCUUUGGUGUCGUUUUUACUGCCGACGAGCAACCCGAUACUGCCGUCAAGAAGAGCUUCAAAGGCAACGACACCCUUGCUGUUGAGUUCGAGCACGGCCUGGCCACCAGCUUCGCCGUGACAACAAGUGUGCCCAGCCUCGCACAGGAGCUUCCGGAACCAGUCCCCCGAGUGCCAUGGUAUCUUUCGAGUCACGGCAUACAGAAACCGUCAGCCAAGGAUCCGUGGUGGAUUGCCAACGUCAAGGGGUUCCCAUCUACGAAUGGUGAUGGCGUGCGCAAUGGCGUGUUUCUGUUUGAACGCAUCCCCCCAGUGCCUCGACCCCUACAAGAAUCCCUCAUCCGCCGAUUUUGGGCAUCGCCCGAGGAACAACAGGCGGCGCUCAACGACCCGAACAACAGGGACUGCAUGAUACGCCCGUCCCACCAGGAAAGAUGGUCGUACUACCAAGCCAAAGGACGAAAGAGGCUGAACAAUGAGCAAAAGGCUUCACUGCGCAACUUGCAGGCGUAUGUUGACGAGCUGCAAGCCAUAGGCGUUGAUUGCCACGCGGUUGCGAGACAGAUUGCCCUUGGGCUGGCCGUUGGUCACUGGGAGGCGCAGCAUGGCAUGACCGACGUUGAAUUCGUUAUUGCUGGCCGGUGCACGCCUCCAUCGACUGCCGCUCGAUCCCACACACUGCCGCUCAAUCUCUACGACAAGCGAGACGACCUUGGCAAUCGAACUAUUGUCCCAGAAGCCCCUCCGGCCGUCCAACACGGUUUACCAGCCAGGACCCAAAGGUGGCUGGUCGAUUUCGACAAGUGCAAUCGUGUCCGUGUCUGGGAUGACACCCUGGCGCAAGACAUCCGGAUGCUGGCCCUCGGGAUCCGCGCCAACGACCCCUACUACCCGAAUCCGCUGCCGGACACCCAGUUCGGCUGGGACGUGUUUGUGACCUUUACCGAGACGUACAUUCGCGCGGGGCGGCACCUGCUGCAGCGUGCCUUUGACAAGGUGGCGACGACCGACGCGCAGCUGCAAGGUGUGCUCGAGAGGCCGGCCAUGAUGAUGAGAGAGUCGACCAGGAUCGUGAUGAACGCCAAGAGGAAUAACGAGAAAGACGUGUUCAAUGUGCGGAUGAGGCUGCGGAAAGAGCAAGGGUGGGCGAAACCGGGAUGGGCUGUAUAG